AUGGAGCCAUCUGCGUCAAUCCGAUUAGAGCCUCAACCAAAGGCAAGGCGAGCCAGCAGAGCAAGCCUCGAGCCCCUCCCCCUCGAGCCUGCUAAAAACCCAAAAAGACCCAGCAGCGCGAGUCUCGAGCCUUCCAUCCCGUUCUCGCCCUCCCGCGUCUCCAGCGAGGCACCGGAAGUCGUUCCAGGACAACCGCUGCCAGAACCCUUUGUCUAUAUGACUUAUGAGCAAGCAAGGUCGAAGAGGGCGAGUUCGGAGGGAAGCGAGGAUCUCAAGCCAUGGGAGGUGAGGGAGAAGGAGAAGGGGAAGUUGGUUCCUACGCCGCAGAUUGCAUAUGAUCAGACUUCGUUAGAAGAUAUUUCGUACCAAGAGAAGCCUGCUCCCAGACGAAGAACAUUUGGGCUCCUUUAUGUCACCAUAUUCGUGGUUAUUGCGUUCUUGGUUGGAGGAGGCAUCGGAGGAGGUGUUGGAGGUGCGGUGGCCGCGAGCGAGAAGUCGAAAUCAAGUACACUCCAAUCCAGCGGCACCGCAUCCGCAUCUGCAACGCCAUCUACCUCCACCGUCAUCGUGGACACAGCAGGCUGCCCGCUUGUUAAUAACUCGACCUUUACCUCCACCUCCAAAACGAACUUCCUAAAGUUAUGCGCUACCGAAAUCGUCGCCCCCGCCAACCAAUACAUCGAAAUAUCGAACUCGGUGCAAGGCUCCUUUGAUUCAUGCCUGAAUUCUUGCGCUGCGACGACGGGAUGCGUGGGUGCGAGCUGGGUGAUCUUUAGCCCGACGAACCCGAGCCGGAAUUCGGUCUGCUAUUUGAAGAACAAGACGGGCGUGGCGACGGCUGCGAGUGUCACUGGGGAGACGGUGGUUAGUGGUUUCCUUGCGUCUGCGAUUGGAUUGUAG